GCACUCCCGCCCGCUCCACUGCGGCUGCCCUCCACGACCAGGAUCCUCUGCGCCGCGCCGCGCCGCUACCCACAUUUCACCCAAACUUGUCGUCGUCGUCGCCAAGUCUCACUCUCGCCUUGCCUCUCACCCACCACUCUCCUCUAUACCUCCAGCCUUUCCAAGAAACGCAUGUGACUCGCUGCGAUUUCAGGACCUUAAUUUGCUGCGAAUUCUCCCCCGCUGUCCCUGUCCGUGCGCGCGCGCGCGUUUGAUGCUAGGUGGUGACGGGAUCAUGGACUUCAGGAGCAACAACAACGGCGGCUCCUCAUCGGACCGCAGGCCGGCGGCGGACGGGUCGACGCCGCUGACGAGGCAGGGGUCGGUCUACUCGCUGACGUUCGAGGAGUUCCAGAGCACGCUCGGCGGGGGCGCCGGCGGUGCGGGUGGCAGCGGCCUCGGCAAGGACUUCAGCUCCAUGAACAUGGACGAGCUGCUCCGGAGCAUCUGGACCGCCGAGGAGAGCCAGGCCAUGGCUUCCGCCUCCGCCUCCGCCGCGGGCCCAGGCCAAGACGCGGGCGCGUCGUCGCUGCAGCGCCAGGGCUCGCUCACCCUGCCCCGCACCCUCAGCGCCAAGACCGUCGACGAGGUGUGGCGCAACCUCGUGCGCGACGACACGCUCCCGGGGGUGGCGGCGGACGGGGCCGAGCCGCAGCCCCAUCGGCAGGCCACGCUCGGGGAGAUGACCCUGGAGGAGUUCUUGGUCAAAGCCGGCGUCGUGCGGGAGAUCCCCACCGCUCCGGCCCCUCUGCCGCCCCCGCCCAUGCAGCAGCCGCGCCCGGUCCCUGUUGCCCCCAAAGCCGUCAAUUCAUUCUACGGCAACUUCCCGGGCGCCAACGACGCCGGCGCGGUGCCGCUGGGAUUCCCGCCGGUCGCCAUGGGGGAUCUGGGUUUGGGCAAUGGGCUCAUGCCGAGGGCAGUGGGUAUGGGAGGCGGCGGCGCCCUUCCUGUGCAGACUGCGGUCAACCCGGCUGAUUCUGGCAGCAAGGGGAGCGAGGAUCUGUCGUCGCCGUCGGAGCCAAUGCCGUACUCCUUUGAGGGGAUUGUGAGGGGGAGAAGGACCGGCGGCGGCGUCGAGAAGGUCGUGGAGAGGAGGCAGAGGAGGAUGAUCAAGAACAGGGAGUCUGCGGCGAGGUCCCGCGCCCGCAAGCAGGCUUAUACGAUGGAGUUGGAAGCUGAGGUUCAGAAACUCAAGGACUUGAACGAGGAACUGGUGAGAAAACAGGCAGAGAUUAUGGAAAUGCAGAAAAACGAGCAGGCACCCGAAAUGGCGAAGGACGCAUUUGGACGGAAGAAGAGACAAUGCUUGCGAAGAACAUUGACCGGUCCCUGGUGAUGAUCAGAUAGUCAACGUCAGCAUGCCACCGGUCUACCUGCUUGUACAUAUGAUUUUCUCUAUUGUAAAACCAGUGAUGGACAAACUCGCGCUUGAUUGACCUUCUAGUUUCCUGUUCCUGUUGCUUCCGUAUCAGCUUCAGAGACUGACCUGUAGGCUAGUGUGUAGUCGAGGAGGGGAGCCGUAAGAACCGCUGUAAACUCGGCAAUCCUUCAGAAACUGUGUAGAGCUUGUGUCUGGGUUCGCAUAACAUCAUCAGCCUUUCUCUUA